UUCUUCCAGUCCGAUCCUCUUGGAAUCAAUGCUCCACCAACACCAGAUGAAGCAGGUCUUACUGAAAAAAGUGGAAAGAAGCAUGGAAAGAAGUAA